AGUGGUAGAAGAAGAGUCGACAUGGCGACGUCCGGCAGCAGCAGGAGUUGAAGGAGGUCAGAGGGCUGGAUUUAUUCCUAAACUACGUGAGAAACUGAACAGUAGGAAACAUGUUCCCAGAAACGGCUCAGCGUUUAAAAGCGGCGGCUCCGCUGGUCUCUCAAACCCGCCUCUUGAAGGACCUUUGCCGGUCGUGUCCACAUGGAGGACCCUUCAGUCUUCAGGCCCGAAGACAGAUCAGUGUGAGCGGCUGUCUCUCAGCUAAGAUCCCCCCUCCAAAGAAACCCAGGGAGCCGGUGGAGAUCCCCGGCCUGGAGAUGGUCACAUACGGGGAAAGGAUGCACUUUGUGCCGGGGCUGGCUAAGCCCAGUUACCCCCGGUGGGAGAGAGACUACAAAGACCCCAGGUUUUACACGGCCCCCCCUGCCCAGGAGAUGCCCCUGUACAAGGAGAAACCGUGUUAUGUGUUCAACCAGAGGACCAGCGCACUGGAAGGUGUGCGUCAGGCUGCCUGGUUGACCAAAGCCAAGGUCAUUCGUGGUCUUCCUCCUCAUCUCCUCUCGCUGGCAGAGAAUCCUGAAAAUCAGAUCCCAGAUCAGGAUGAGCGUGUGCAGAACGCCAUCAAACACGCCCGCUUCUGGGACACGACGCAGGAACGACCGCGUAAAGAGAAAUACAGCAACACUUUACUCCUCAACCUGCUCCAUCUCUGUGCGACUCUACAGUCCAGGAAUCCUGCUCUUGGAAGGAGGAUUCUUGCUGAAGACCACUCAUUGGCGGCCACAUGGACAAGAGGUGAGGACCUGUUCCAGAUUAGGGGUCGGAACGGUUUACUGCAGAACAGCAUGGAUCCCCUCCCAGAGGCUUCUGGGAAAGACGAAGUGUCCGAAACAGCCAAUUACGUCCUGGAAACCUUCUAUCCCGUCUCGCCCACCAUCGACCUGCAACAAAUAAACGUGUACAAAGAGGAUGUGAACUGCUCAGGGUUCACAGGAAACUACCCUUACCCUCACGCUCACACUCUUUACUUCCUGGAGACGAUCCACAGCUGUAAGCUUCACCCAGAGCAGUUCAGAGCCAAGAUGGCCAUGUUCAUGUUUGGAAACGCUCUGGCCCGUGCUCACAAACUGUAUGGGACUGAGCCCCAGCAGCUUCUAGAUCGUCCCAUAACUGUACAGGCAGUCGGGACAAACGGUAGAAUUUUCCAGUUUCUGGUUUUCCAGCUCAACACCACAGAUCUCUCAGGAGACGACGGCAUCAAGAACCAGUUGUGGCUGGAGGAGGAUGUUGAGCUGUACGAUUUUGCAAAAGUCCGACCACUCAUCAAGAAGAAGCAAGUGAAGGUUCCAGCUGGUCUGACUGGAUACAAGCCUGAAGUGUUCACAAAGUUCUUGUCUCUGUACCUGCAUGGAGCUGCAUAGGACCGCUGCUUGAUCUGUGUGUGUGUGUGUGUGUGUGUGUGUGUGUGUGUGUGUCUGGAUCUAAACAUCUCAGCAGACGACUCCUCAUUUCCUGUCAAACAGACAUGUUGUUAUAUUUUGUGGACAGUUUGAACUGACUGAAGCUACAGUUUAUCAUCUUCACGUUCUACGUCCGUCUCUGUGUUCCAGGAAAUAAAAACUGAAUGGGA